GUCAACUUAACCAAACUAAAUUUAAAGUUUAAAGUUAUGAGAAAGGAAGGAAUGAAAAGCUUGUACGAUUUUGUACCCGCGAAAGCACUCGAGCAGGAAGUUCAAAUUGUUACUCUCAAUAGGAUCGUUUUUCUCAGAAUCUGCAUUUCCAAGAAUUGAUGUUACGGCUGCAUAAUUGUUUUACGUAGUGAGAAUAACAAAUCUCUUAAAAGUCACGCCGAUGUCACUUGAGCAGCUACUUGUAAGAGGGUGCCCAACAAUAUUUACCACGGUUAGACGCUACAAGAAMAGUGCUAAGUACAAACCAUUCAUACGUCAUCUUGUAAACAUCGGAUUCUGACUAUCAUACGGAUUUGUGCUUGUAGAAGGUUAACGUACCGUUCACAAGAUCUUCACAAGAUCAGCUAAUUUCUGAUUUCUCAUGAUGUAAACAUUUUUCUUUACGUAUCUUGGCCGUCAGGAAAAACUGCUACACCAAGUUAAAUUGAAAUUUCAUAAUCUUGAGGUAAGACUAGUAGAAAAAGAUAUUUGCUAUCAAAAUGUGCUGAACAGUGAUGGAAAUAACAAGCUCCGUUGUGAAGCGGUUAGUAGACAUGGACGACUUUGGACAAGGACACUGACCCCUUAGCUUUUAUAUAAGAAGAGCAAAAAGACAUACUUUUUUCUCUGUGAUCGUUUUCUGUAAAUUAGUGACCGUUGUGAUAUUAACUACUUAAAGUCAGUGCAUCACGCGAUAUCAAGCGUUUUAAAGCAAUGGAAACAAACUUGUGUGAAGCUAGUUUAUCAAAACACAGAAAACAGCAGCAAUGUUCGGAUUUGAAUGGGUACGAGUUGGAUGGCAAUAAUUGUUUAAUGGUAAAUAAUGAUAGUGAUCAUUGUACCAGCAACCCAUUUCAUAUUGACGUGACAACAGCACAACACAAUAACACAACAAGAAGUGUACACGAACCAAGUAUAUCAACAUCGAGUUUCCACUUAAUGGCAAACAGUGGUCAAGGAUACUACGAUGAGCUACGUGCCCCUGAUGUUGGAAGCCAAUUCAUAGCCAAAGGUGAUCCUAUGGAUGAACAGCUACCACCUCAUCCUGGUGUACUCAACCACGUUUUUCCAUUUAUGAGUAAAUGGGAGAAGCAAGAGUCAUGUCUGAAGCCCACAACACUUGGCUUGGAAAAGUUGGGCUGCAUUUCAGAAUGUGUCCAUCCAAUUGAUCAUUUUCAACACCAAGCUAAAACUCCGCAAACGGCUGGACUUGUUUGUGACUCCAAUCGCAAUUCAGAUACGAAGGCUCUUGUGGCACAAAUCGUGUCAUUCAAAAAAUGUUGUACCUCCGUUGAUAUUAUCAAGAGUUUGCCAGCAGUUACCUCACCAAGAUGUGUUCUCUUGGCUUUGAAAGAUCUCGAACAGAAUGGGGUGAUACAAUGUGUAGCCUCGGAGCCAUUAACGUGGAUGAAAACAGGACAUAACGGAGUGGACAUCGAGUUGUCUGCGACUAAUUUAUUUAAUCAGGAAUUACUAACAUCAAACACAUCUAAAUGGGUAGAUUUGCAAAGCAAUGAAACUGAUGGAGGAUCAAGAGUUUGUAUAAACAGAACUCGCUCAUCACCAUCGUUGGCGAAACAGCACUCUCUCUCGGGGUUUUCCAACGGGCCCCGCCGGAAAUGCUCCGAUACAAUCCUGAAUGGUCGCAAUACCGAAAGAUCAUCAACGCGACCAAGAUUCAGUAAUAACAGUCAUGGCUUUGACUGUAAUUCUAAUUUUGACCCAGAGGAAUCACUAGCGGAAUCCUUCCAAGAGCUUUCUUCGAAUCUUGAGUUGAAUCYAUUGCAAAAAAGCAUCGUUGAGGUCAUGACGCAAUACAACAGACCACUCACGACGCUAGAGAUCUCAAAGGCUAUUGGCUUGACAACAAAACGAGAUGUCAACUCUGCGUUAUAUGCCAUGGAAAGAGCUGGGAUGAUCCAGCGAGUCAAGUACCAACCUCCUGUGUGGUCACUAAAGAGCAGAAAAGAUCCUGGUGUGAUUGGAGGGGAAAGAAACUUUAAGGAACCUUCAAGACGAAAAAGUUUGAACGAGGCAAUACUUUCUGGAAGGAAUCGAAGCAGAAGUGACUUGGACAGACAAGCAGAAGCCCUAAAACCACGUUCUAGGAGUCUGAACUCUGACAAUGACUCUGGAAGCAUCAAAUCAUGCGGCCUUUGUAAGAUUUCGUUUAUUUCCAAGCAGCAAUCGGAAGAACAUUUUCAGAGCACAAAGCAUCAAAACAAAAUCGCAAAAGUGACCUCGGAACCGUAUUUGAAGUUUUGUGAUUACUGCAAGGUCCAUCUUAACUCAAAAUCUCAGGCCAACGAGCAUUUUACUAGCGGAAGACACGAGCAGACUGUUGCCAAAUCUCAAAAAGCUCCAGUCCGUCAUCAUCCAUCCUUACAAGUUCCUCAUGAAGGAUUCAAUCCACAAAUAAAUACAGAAACUGCUCCGUUUGGUUAUCAGAUAGAAUUGUAUUACAAAACCAUGGCUAAUGAUUCUGCUGUUUGCUUUCUCCCGACUGGAACUGGAAAGACACUUGUUGCAGCACUUGUUGUUGCUCAUCUGCUGGUCUUAAAUCCCACUCGUCAGAUCAUCUUCCUUGUUGAUCGUGUCUUACUCGUCAUCCAGCAGAGUGAGUACCUCAAAAAUGAACUGAAAAAUCUGCAGGUCCCCGUGUCUGCGAAAGAUGAGUGGCAGAAUGCCACCAAGCAAAGCUUGAAUGGUGGACAAGCGGUAAAUUAUGGGAUGGCAUUGAGACCCGUUCGCAUCGGUGCUAUUUGUGGUGAGAUGCGAAAACUAGAACAAGGUGUUCCUAUAUUUAAUCAUGACAUCCUCGUUGUGACUGCUGAUUGUUAUAGGAAUCAUAUCAACAAUGGUACCUUGCGUUUUGAAGACGCUGCUUUGAUUGUCCUGGACGAAUCUCAUCAUUGCAACAAAGACCAUCCCUACAACGUUAUUAUUCGAGAUUACUACCUGAUAGAUGACACACAAGCAUAUCAGAGACCCAAGAUCCUAGGGCUUACAGCAUCUCCCGCUGGGGAACCCACUUUGGAAAGAACGCUGAAGAAGAUGCAACGUUUGCUUGCAAACCUUGGUGGUGCUUCUCUGCUGACCGUAACUGAAAAUAUCCCAGAAUUAACGGAGAAGACAAGCCAAACAGAAAUGAUGUGCUACUGUGCCGAGUACACUAGAACAGAAGAGAGCUUACUGACAUUGCUGAUGGAAUAUGCUACCAAGUGCUUUAACCUUGCUGCCCGACUGAGUGAUUUCAAGGAGUACAAAGAUGUGUUCCAACCUUCAGCUGGAGGCAUCUUGUCCAAGGAUGAUAUUUUUCCAAUACUCGGCGUGAUUGAUAAUCUCCUAAAUUCUCCCAAGUCAGAGAGCGCUAAUGCACUAAACUCAUUGGUGCAUUUUGAGAUAAUUUGUGACUGUAUUUGCACUCUUCAGGAGUGUGGAGAGAAAGUCGCUUUUUAUCGUAUGGUGGAGCUUCUGCAGGGAAACUGUCCACAUGGAUUUGACUGGGCUGAGAAUCAAGGCUUACCGUGUGUGAGAAUCAGGACUUACUUGCAGCAGCGUUGUAUUGCAGGGUCAACUGACUAUCAUAGUGAAAUGGCCUCUGGCGUAGCUGAGUUGCUAGGACUGUUGCUGAGACUUGAAUGGGGUGAAAACGAGGAUCGACAAAGAUCUUUAGCUCUGGUUCUUGUCAAGAGGCGUUGUACGGCAGUAUGUCUAGCAGAGUACCUUAAUUCAUUUCCCGAAUUACAGCGAAAACUGGUUAGAACCACUUAUAUUGUUGGUCAUGGUAACGGAGGUACCGACAGAGGUAUGACAGUGGCUCAACAGAUCGAUACCCUCAAGCUAAUUCGACAAGGAGUCUAUCAGGUUGUCGUGGCAACAAGUGUGGCCGAAGAGGGUCUUGACCUGCCUGCAUGUGACCUGGUGGUCCAAAUGGAUCCUCCCAACUCAGUGACGGCUUUGGUUCAAAUACGAGGAAGAGCAAGACAAAAAAGAGCACAGUUUGCUGCUAUCUGUAGAGACAAAGACCAGGCGAGAAAAAUCAAAGAUCUGUUAGCGAGGGAAGAGAAUAUGCGUCAAGCAGCAGAGAUCAUCAAUGGCCAAAAACUAUCAGGUAUAUACUAGAACUGUCUUCACUCGCCUAACUGGGGCUCCUGUGACGUGGAACAUUCUGGCAAUUCUCAAAACUGAAGCCCCAAAGGUUGCUUGCAGGUAGAAUACGUUUCCUUUACUUUUUCUUUCGAAAAUAAGUUUUUAAAAAGCUAUUACGCUUGAUUCCGAUUUUAUCUUUGAGUUAGCUAGUUAGUUAUUUCAGGGUAUCGAUAAAAUUGAAAGGUUUUUAAAGAAUCUUAUCAGUCUCAUCGAAUAACAGAACCUUUGCAACAUCACGUAAUGGCAGCCAUGACAGGGCGAGGAACAACUUCAAAGUAGUCUAAUCUCAUUUACAUAAGAAAGAAUUCAGUAUCGCAGGGGAUAAAUACUGUAUUGUUGUACCUCUCGUUAUGGCUGCCAUCAUGUGAUGUUCCAAAGCCUGUAUUGUCUAUUAGUGUUAUCAGCAAAACCGACUUAAUACGAACCAAUAGAAAAGCACUUUACUUUAUUCCUAAAACUAAACUUUGUGCAUAUGAGCAUAUGCAUAUGAAAUAUGCGCGUUAUAAGUAAUAAAUUUAUUAUUAUUAUUAUUAUCCAAUGGCAACAAAAAUGAAAACAUCAAUUGCCUGGUUUCAUAUCGAGUGGGAGGACUGGGGAGAUCGGACAACUGUUGGCCAGGCUGGAUAAAAUCGAAUAAAUUGAAUUUUAGAAUAUGUGGUUGUAUUAUACCAUUUAGCUCGACAAAUGCAGCCCGAGUUUGAAGAAAUGAGCAAAAUCACUGGAAAUUGGAAAUAUUCUUGGCAUCCAUUCCACGAUUGUCAGGUUCUGACCCAGUUCUCCCACGAUAUCAAACUCGGCAAUAACUCGUGAAGUGGGGAGAGUUUUUGUUUGUUCUGCCAUGCUGUAUCAUUUAAGUCAAUGUACAAAUUUAUUACUCCAGCAUUUGCAGAGGAAUUUGGACCUAGAAAUAUUGUACAUGUAAUUUUAAAAUAGACAGACAUUUGAACAGACAUUGGGACAGAUAUUUGGACAGACAUUUGGACAAACAUUUGGACAGAACUUGACGCCUAUCCUUAGCUAAGGAUAGUAUCACAGAAUUAGAAUGAGUUUUAAAGAUAGUACUGUACAUUUUAUAAUUUCGAAAUAGCAAAAACACAUAUCUUGAUUACGAUUAUCCAACGUAUUGGCAAAAUAAAUUGAGGUCGAGAAACACUUUUAAGGCGACACUACGACAUGAAGACUCUUAGCAUAUCGUAAUCAAUAUUCGUUCAAUCGAAACUCUCUACUGUAAAUAUUGCCAUUAUUAUCCAAGUUUAUUCUUUUUCGUGGUUUUUUAAACCUUAAAUGAUAUGUGUUUCCAAAUUUUGACGAAUUAAAUUCGCAUUUUAAUCAAAGGAGUUGCAAAUACGGGACGUAUGUGACGUAUUUUUGGUUUAUGUGACGUCAUCUCCGCCAUGUUGCGUGUUCAAUAUGGCCGCCAUGUCUGUGUCAUGGAGUUGGAAGAUGAGUGGAAAUCAAAAAGUAGGAAAAAUAAUUUUAUAAAACAUACUCAUACUAUAAUCAAUACUAUUUUGCUGACUUCGUUUUAGAAAAGAGAUUGCGUUUAUAGACGCAGCCUUUGUAAAGAUUUUUUGACAAAGAACAAAUGGAGCAGUUUGAAGAUUUACGGCAACACAGCUGCGAGACAGCUGACAAGGAAUGUACAGUUUUUUCUAUCCAAUUUUGAUAUUUUAAUUUCGUUUCAAGGCAUACUAACUAUCGACGAAAUAAAUCGGCUGAAACUCUGAAAUAAUUGUACAUUGUUUCCUAAAGUUGGUAGUAGUCUUACGAAGAAAUAUUUAGAGAUUUCUUUCAAAGGUGACUACAAAUAAUAGGCGAGGGCAGUUGAUGCUACCACAUAACAAACAAACUGCAUGGUAGUGACGUAUAUUCUGCAAAAAAAUAACCAAUUUGAGUGGAUAUGUGCUUGAGCCAUGGUCGAAACUUGCUAAAGUCAUAAACUUGUAGACUAGGAAAACUCGAGUACGGCAGACGUGCAUGUUAGCCUCGUGAUGAUGCUCUUGUAUGCGCCUUUAGGGCUUGUGUCCAGCGGUUAUUAGGAGAACGGAAAAGGGAACUAUUUGCAUUCUUUCGCUCACUGAGACAUAGACAUCCAAGAAGAAUAACAUUUUGAAAUUCAUUUUGAAAAACAUUUGGAAUUGACUUUAUUACCUCGUUAAACGAGAAGAAUAGCAUGGCGUAGGAAUAGGGUCCUGAACGGGAAAUGGUCAAAAUCCCACYUCCCAAAUUUCAAGUUAAAAAUUCAUUUAAAAUUUUGAAUCAUAAAAAUUGAAAAAUCCUAAAAAUAGUUAAAGAAAUUCAAUAUCGGCAAUCAUUAUUUUUCAUUCUUAUCAAAGACUAGGUUCUUCAAAUCUCAUAUUUGGUCCCUCUAAGAUUAAAAAGAUAUUCUAUAUCUAGUUUACCCCUUUCAGGGCCCUUUAGAAUUGUUUGUAAUUUUAAUGUUUUUAAAGUUAAAAAAAAAGAUGAUAUAUAGAUUGCAUGUACUGGUCAGUGGAUGAUCCAGAGGGGUCAGGCACCCCAUUUCUUUGAUUCAGUAACAUGAAAACUCUGGGUCCAUCCUUGUCUUUCAAUCUGCAAUAAGUAUAUGAGGCAUAUGUAUUUUAAAAUAGUAUACACCAAAUUUAGAAAGUGUUGUCAGGUUCAAAGGCUCAAUCCUCGCAGAUAAGACAGAAGGGUGUUCUGGAUAAAUAAUGAAGUUAAGACAUGCAUAUUAUAGUUUUUCAGCUCUCGAACAUAUUGAUUCAAAUAAGCGAAUCUUUGUCAUUCUUCGUGCAUGUUUCUAUAUGCAAACACUAUAAGCUCCAAAUACAAGAUAUCGAUUACCCAGAACACCCUUCGGUCUUUGCUUCGAUGAUUAGACCUUUUAAACUCGACAACCGGUUUUUUCAAUUUGUUGUAGACAUGAAAAUACGGUUAAAUAUCUUAUAAAUACUGUACUCGUGUUUUAUAUGUGUUUAAUAAAGAAUGCAUGAAGUAUUUAUAAUUAUUAAGUAUUGAAUAAACAACUUUUUGUACAAUUAGCAUGACAUGCAUAA